UGGGCAAUUGCCAUUCGUUGGAAAUACGAACACGAACGUUCGCCGCGAAGCCGCGCGACCGGUGGUGUCCCUGCCGCACACCGGGACCGGUGUCGUGGCCGUCGCAAGGCUGCCCUAACCCCCGGCGGAGGAGGCGGCGCCUGCGUGGAACCGCGACGGGCAGGACGGCGGCCGCUGCUCGAGAAGGGUAACCACGCUCAUCGUGGCCAAGGGGUCCGAUGGGCGCCCGGCAGGGCACCGUGGCCCAUUCGGAAGAUGAGGAAGGCCCUUCUCCUCCGGCGAAGAGACAAAGGACCGGCGACCGUGACGCGUCGGAAAAGGAGGGACAAGCGGCUACCUCUGACCCGUCGGAACAGAAACCGCCAGACAUCGAUGAGAGCCUUUACUCUAGACAGCUCUACGUGCUCGGGCGCGAAGCCAUGGUGCGCAUGGCCCAAUCGGACGUGCUCAUUUCGGGCAUGGGUGGCCUGGGCGUGGAGAUUGCCAAGAACGUUAUCCUGGCUGGCGUCAGGUCCGUCACCAUUCACGACGAGGCAGUGUGCACGCUGGCGGACCUCUCUUCUCAGUACUACCUGAGCGAACGAGACGUGGGCCACAACCGGGCAGACGCUUGCGAGCCUUUGCUGGGACGGCUGAACCAGUACGUGCAGGUGAAAGCCCACACGGAACCGCUAACCGAGGAUUUCCUGAAGCAGUUCACCGUGGUGGUGCUGACAGAGACCCCGUUGGAAACGCAGCAGUCCAUCGCGGCCUUCACCCACGAGAACAAGAUCCCUGUCAUCGUCGCCGAUACCAGAGGCCUUGCAGGGCAAAUCUUUUGCGACUUCGGCGAAACGUUCCGGGUGCACGACCCCAACGGAGAGCAGCCGCUGUCGGUGAUGGUUCAAUCCAUCAGCGAGAAAGGAGAGGUCAAAACCUUGGACAAAGUACGGCAUGGUUUCGAAGACGGCGACUACGUCAAGUUUUCAGAGGUCAGGGGCACGCCCGAGAUCAAUAACUGUCCGCCCACGGAGGUAAAAGUUUUAUGUCCGCACACAUUCUCCGUGAAGCUUGCGACGAAGUUCGGAGAAUACGCCAUCGGAGGCGUUGCAACCGAGGUUAAGAUGCCGAAGGAUAUCAAGUUUAAACCCUUGAAGGAAUCUAUGGUGAACCCAGAAUUUGUCGCUCCUAACUCGGCAAACGCACAUCAUCCGGCACAGCUGCAUUUGGGGUUCCAGGCUCUACACGCCUUUCACAAGUUGCACUCACGACUCCCGCGUCCUUGGAACAUGGACGACGCAGCGGUGGUAGUCCAGCUUGCGAAGGAGAAGAAUGCCUUGCAGGCCAACCCAUUGGACAAGGUGGACGAGAAGCUUCUCACUACGCUCUCUUGCGUGUCAGCAGGUUCCCUGUGUCCCAUGCAAGCCGUCAUCGGCAGCAUUGCCGCACAGGAAGUCAUUAAGGCGUGCAGUGGCAAGUUCACGCCGAUCCAGCAGUGGUUUUACUUCGACGCCUUCGAGUGCCUCCCACAGGAGGGCGAAGUUCCGGAGGUGGAUGCCAUUGCAAUGGAGCAGACGCGGUACGCCGGGCAGGCCCGUGUGUUCGGUACCGAAGUUCAAGACCUACUGAUGGCACAGACGUAUUUCGUGGUCGGGGCCGGGGCCAUCGGCUGUGAGCUGCUCAAGAACUUCGCCAUGAUGGGCGUCGGGGCGGCCGACGGCUGCAUUCACAUCACGGACAUGGACGUCAUCGAGAGGUCCAACCUCAACAGGCAGUUCCUGUUUCGGUCCGAUGACAUCGGUCGCAUGAAGUCAGCCACCGCCGCGGAAGCUGUGGCCCGAAUGAAUCCAGAAAUCAACAUCGAGGUUCACGAGGACAGGGUCGGUCCAGACACAGAGAGCGUCUACAAUGACCACUUCUUCGAAUCCCUGGACGGCGUGGCCAACGCGCUGGACAACCUGGAUGCACGCCUGUACAUGGACCAGCGAUGCGUGUGGUUCUGCAAACCGCUGCUCGAGUCGGGCGUCACGGGCACGAAGGGCAACGUCCAGGUCGUGGUUCCUCACAUGACCGAGUCCUACUCGUGCUCCCUGGACCCGCCCGAGGCGUCUGUGCCCGUCUGCACCAUCAAGAACUUUCCCUACACAAUCGAGCACACGCUGCAGUGGGCACGCGAUGAGUUCGAAGGUCUGUUCAGGAUGAGUGCUGUGAAUGCGGUCGAGUACUUGAGAGAUCCCGAUUUUCUGCCCGGGGCGCUACAGACGAUGCAACUAAGCCAAAAGGUAGUCUUGCUGGAAGAACUCAAGCAUAUUCUGGUGGACGAGCGGCCGAGGGUCUUCGACGAAUGCGUCGAUUUCGCCAGGCUGCGCUUUCAAGAGCAGUACAACACCCGAAUCAGGAAGCUGCUCCAAGCUUAUCCCCCAGAACAGCUCACCAGUUCGUUUAUGCCGUUCUGGUCUGGCCGCAGGCGCUGCCCCCAUCCGAUUGAGUUUGACCCCAACAACACGCUGCACAUGGACUACAUCGUAGCUGCGGCCAACCUGCGGGCAACCAUGUUCGGUAUUCCAAACAACACGGACCGCGGCGCGAUUGCCAAGAUUCUCGAAGAAGUCGACGUCCCGGUCUACGUUCCCCCAAAGAACGCUGAAGUUGUUGCCAACUCGAAUGAGCCAGUGGUCGCGCCACCUGACGACAAUGAGCUCCUGGACAAACUGCAGCAGGAGCUGCCCGCUCGAAAGGAUCUCGACGACUUGACCCUAACGCCGCUCGAGUUCGAGAAGGACGACGACGCCCACAUGGACUUCAUCGUGGCGGCCUCGAACCUGCGCGCCGCAAACUACGACAUUCAGCCGGCCGACCGACUCAAGAGCAAGCUCAUCGCGGGCAAGAUCGUCCCAGCCAUCGCCACCACCGCAUCGCUCGUGGCGGGCCUCGCCUGUCUCGAACUUUACAAGCUGGUUCAAGGCCAUGACAGACUGGAGCUGUACAAGAACAGUUUCGUCAACUUGGCACUGCCUUUUGUCGGUUUCUCGGAACCCGUUCCAGCUGCGAAGAAAAAGUUCCGCGAUCGUGAGUACACCUUCUGGGACUGCCUCGACAUUGAGGGGGAGUUGACUCUUGCGGAGUUUCUUGACCAUUUCAGGAACGAGUUCCAAGUCGAAGUCCUAUACCUUUCGGAAGGAGCCCGCAUGCUCUACGACGCCUACGCACCCCCGUCGCGGAGUCGCCUAAACCUGGCCGUAAGUAAAGUAUUGGAGAUGGUGUCCAGGACGGAGAUCGACACCGGGAAGCGCGCCCUGAUGCUUCAGCUAAUGGGCAACGACGUCAACACCGGCGAGAAGGUGGAAUUACCUGACGUGCGAUACGUGCUGAGCAAGUGAUAGCGCCACCUGCCCGCUCAUGCUAAAACGAACGGACAUUAAAAAAGGCUGCCCCGGCCCUACCAGCCUCCAGCCAUGCAGUGAAACAAGCGACAAGCCUUGCAACCUCAUACAUGCUUGUCAUACUUCCAACUCGCAGCCAACCCCUUAAACUUCCUUUUUAAACUGUUGCAAAUUACAGCCCUGACGUAUGA